GCCGUGUCGUUGUCUCUUGAUUGUAAUGUUGGUAAUGUUCGUUUUCGAUAAAGUCUCGGCUCGCCCUCAGAGAAAUUUGCAGCACAUUGCCGUCGUAGAGAAUGCCGCCUGGGAGCAAACAUUGCCGCAACAAUUUCAGAAUCCCUUCUAUAAGACACCACGUGUCCGAGAUGCUUUAGCCCGUUCCAGUUGGUUUGGUCCCGGCGAAGAGGUGGUCUAUGAUCGUCAAGCCGAGAAAAUUCCACGCAUGGAAAUUUACAACGUUUUGUCCCAUGCUGGUUUAAUACCACGUCGACGUUUUCUAUAAGACAACAAAAAGUUUCUAUACUUAAAAAUCAUAUUAAAAUAACAUUUGUGUAUAUCAUAUAUAGAAUGAGAAUAAAAAAUU